AUGACACCCUGGUUACAUUUUAGCGGUGGAGACUAUUUGAUCUUCAAGGCUUGGCAACCCGAGUCGAAAGGUUCAAUCGCCGGCGCUUGUAUCGGGCUAGUCGUGUUCUGUGUUCUUGACCGUUGGAUUGCGGCCCUACGGCGUCAAAUGGAGAUUCAGUGGGGGUCGCUUGCGAUAAACUUGAAAGAGCCAAGUGACAACGAUGUUGACGAUAAAGCCCAAGACGUUAUCGCUUCUGAUCAAAUAGAUGUGAUGGAGAGAGCCUCUCGUCAAACCGCCCCAGUCGCAGUCCGCAGCCGCCCGAGACUCGUGCCUCCCUUCAUCCCCAUGCACGAUAUCCCGCGGGGGAUAUUUCAAGGUGUUCAGUCGCUCUUUUCAUAUGUCUUGAUGUUGGCUGUCAUGACGUUUAAUGCAUCAUAUGUUAUAUCCAUCAUUUUGGGUCUUGCCAUAGGCGAAGUUCUAUUCGGGCGGAUCGGUCGCUUGCAUGGAGGUCGAGUUUGA